CCAAGGUGGAGGUCCUAUAUCUGGUCGGAAGACUUUGUUGGAAACACCGGAAUCGCGGUCGUUGCUGGUAGUAAGGGAUCAUGCCCAAGUUUUAUUGUGAUUACUGUGACACCUAUCUAACACAUGAUUCGCCAUCAGUGAGGAAAACUCACUGUAGUGGCAGAAAACACAAAGAAAAUGUGAAGGAUUACUACCAGAAAUGGAUGGAGGAGCAGGCUCAGAGCCUGAUUGAUAAAACAACGGCUGCCUUUCAACAGGGAAAGAUUCCUCCCACUCCGUUCCCUGGUGGUCCUCCCCCAGGUGGUCCUCCUCGACCAGGUAUGCUACCUACACCCCCGAUGGGAGGUCCUCCUAUGAUGCCCAUGAUGGGGCCUCCUCCUCAUGGAAUGAUGCCUGGUGGACCUGGAGGCAUGAGGCCGCCGAUGGGAGGACCCAUGCAGAUGAUGCCAGGACCACCACACAUGAUGCGUCACCCCCGACCCAUGAUGAUGCCAGUCAGGCCGGGCAUGAUGCGACCAGACAGAUAAGAGCAAGCCGAGAUACUCCUUUCUUUGUUGCCAUGAACAGACGCUGUCUAGUGAGGACACUCGGUUUAACACUGGGAUUUCUGACCUUUUGAAAUAUCAAAUGUCCGAUUUCUUCAACCCUGAACCACAAGACCUCCAUUAUGUCAUCCAUUUACUUUUUUUCCUACCAGAACAUUAGUAUUUAUUUCAAUUCACACCUAUAGAUUUCAGAUUUAAUGUCAUUUUUCUCAGUAUAAAGGCCAUUUUUUUUAGUCAGAUUCCCCUUCUGUUGGUGUAAAGAUCAAAAAUGUCCCCUCAUGUUGACAAACUGUUCAUCGCGCAGAUUUAAAGAGCCUGUUUGAUUUGAAUACAUGUUUCUGUUGUAUGCAUUGUUUUAGGUUUUUACAUAUUUGGUUGUGUUUCAUUGAUUUGCCUUUAUAAAUAAAAGCCUGAUCUCAAACCA